GGCAUCAGGAAGAUAACUGGGGUUCUUCCAUGUUCUGCACAGUAGAAGUGGGAGUUCAGUCGUUGGGGUGAUUAUCACAACUGAAAAACGGCUGAAGCGUGCUCAUUUCCGAGUGCUAGUGACACUUUGAGAAGCGGGUUCGCUUUUUGAGACUACUCUUUAACGCUAUCAGGCACGGAUAAAACCUCAUAAUUCCCACAAUUAUGCUUUGUUGCCUAGGGUUUUAGUUUUAUGAUUCCACUCUCAAACUCGAAACCAAUAAUGGCGAUUUCAUCUGCAAAUCUAAUCCCCAGAACUGCAAUUCAGCUACAGAGGCAAGUCCUUCUGAUCCCCUGGGUGAAAAAGAAGAUGAAGAUGGGAAUUAUUAGCUGUUCAAGGAGGAGAGACUACAGCAAUUCGGUUCCAGUAAGGUACAUUCCCAAGAAAUUAUUAGAAAAUAAAGAACCAGAAGCUUCUUUUUAUUCUCCCUCAAAUGGAUUAGGUGAUGUGAAAAUACAUGGUACUAAUAGUUCAGAAUCAAAUGGCAAAAGAUUUGAACUUUCCAAAAGUGAGCAGACUUCAUGCAGUACCAGGAGCUUUGUUUUAGGUUCCAAGCUUCGAAAUCUAAAUGAAAAUGCAAUUCACAACAUAAGCAAUGAUGUGACAUUGGAUGGUGGUAGAGUUGUUGAGUCAAAUGUACCAAGGAUUGGAAUUUCGGAUAGUGCGCAGACAUCUUGCAGCAGCAGGGGCUUUGUUGCUGACACGGAGUUUCAAUACCAAAAAGAAAGAGAAAAGCCAGUUACUGGAUUGGAUACAAGUAAAGUUGUUCAAUCAAAUCUAGAGGGAAUGGAACAUUUUAAAGGUGCACAGACUUCUUGCAGUAGCACGAGCUUUGUUGUGGACAUGGAGUUUCAAAGUCAAAUCGAAAAGCCAACUAACAGUUUGAAAGCUGAUGUUGGAUUGGAUACAAUUACAGUUGCUGGAUCAAAUGAGGACAGACGUGAACUUUCCAAACGUGCUCAGACCUCAUGCAGUGGCAGAAGCUUUGUUGUUGGUGCAGAGUUUCUGAAUGAGAAUGAAAAGCCAAUUGAUAACUUAGACUGUGAUGUUGGUUCAGCUUCAAAUAGAGCUGUUCGAUCAAAUAUACAAAGAAGUGAACUUUCCAAGAGUUUGCAGACAUCAUGCAGCAGCAGGAGCUUUGUGGGGGACACUGAGUUUCAAGAUCAAAAUGAAAACCCAAUUAACAGCAUAAAAAAUAAUAUUGGAUUUGGUACAAGUAGAGUUGUUCAAUCAAAUGAACAGAGACGUGAUCUUUCCAAAAGUGCACAGACUUCAAGCUGUGGCCAGAUUUGUAUUGUAGAUAACAAGUUUCAAAGCCAAUAUGCAAAAAGAAUUGAUUAUCAUGCUGGAUUGGGGAUUGGAGAAGAACUUGAUGAUCAUAUGCAGUACGACAGCUACGAGGUCAUGGAGGAACUCGAAGGUUUUUCGGAAGAGGAGAGCAAUCAAGACCAUAGGAUUCAAGGAUCUCGAAUAAAGAAAGAUGUUGAGAAGUUGGCCAUUGAAUUACUUGCUACGAGGUGGUAAAGCUUCACAGGUUUAUUGAUUUUCUGCUAAGUAUGGGCAACCUUAUGCAUUUCUUAUAUGAGCAGGAGUAACUUCUGAGACAAUUUUCGCCAUGUUAAUACUUAUUACAUGUCCUGAAGUGGACGUUAUGUUUGGUCCUGUCAUUUGAUUCCAGCGUACUAUAAUAAUUCCACUGCAACAUGCUACAAUGGC